AUGAACACUUUUUUUCCCAACAAAGAUGAAACAGUAAAUAAUUUAAAGAUCCACAUUGAAACUUCUUAUGAGUCAAAUAGGCUUUUACCGUCUAAUAAUGUUGAUUCAUACUUGCAUGAUUUUGAAGAUAUUUGUUAUGAGGAAGGAGAGAAAGAUCGAGAGAGUUCUAGAACAUUCGAAGAUCAAAUCUAUGAGGUGAUUGAGGUAGAAAACUAUGAUGAUACUCAACUACCCCCAUUUUCUUGGAAGAAGCUAUGGCUAUUUACCGGCCCUGGUAUUUUAAUGAGCAUUGCUUUCUUGGACCCUGGAAACAUAGAAGGAGAUCUACAAGCAGGAGCCAUAGCAGGAUACUCAUUAUUGUGGCUGUUGUUAUGGUCAACAAUAAUGGGUUUGUUGAUCCAGUUACUAUCGGCCCGAGUGGGAGUGGCAACAGGGAAGCAUCUAGCUGAGCUUUGUAGGGAAGAAUACCCAACAUGGGCCCGGAUUUUAUUGUGGAUUAUGGCGGAGGUUGCAGUUAUUUCUGCAGAUAUUCAAGAAGUUGUAGGCACUGCUAUAGCUAUUCAGAUUUUAAGCAACGGCUUUUUUCCUCUUUGGGCUAGUGUUGUUAUUACCACUGCUGAUUGUUUUGUAAUUUUCUUUUUGGAAAGUUAUGGGGUGCGAAAGAUGGAAGCUGCAUUUGCAAUUAUGGUAGCAACAAUGGCUCUCUCAUUCGCCUAUAUGUUUGUUGAUGCUAAACCCAAUGGAAAGGAUCUUCUUGUAGGUGUGAUAGUACCAAAACUAAGCUCAAGAUCAAUCCAACAAGCAGUAGGAAUAUUUGGAUGUGUGAUCACCCCACACAAUGUCUUCUUACAUUCAGCUCUUGUCCAAUCAAGAAAAGUAGACAUAAACAAAACCAACCAAGUUCAAGAAGCACUCAAUUACUUCUCCAUUGAAUCAUCUAUAGCUCUCCUAAUCUCAUUCCUUAUAAACCUCUUUGUAACCACUGUUUUUGCCAAAGGAUUUUAUGGUACAAACAAAGCUACCAUUGUUGGGCUUGAAAAUGCAGGACAGUACCUUGAAGAAAAAUAUGGAGGAGGUUUUCUUCCUAUACUUUAUAUUUGGGGAAUUGGGUUAUUAGCAGCUGGACAAAGUAGUACUAUUACAGGAACAUAUGCUGGUCAGUUUAUUAUGUCGGGUUUUUUAGAUAUUCAACUGAAUGAGUGGCUUAGAGCUGUUAUUACAAGAGGUUUUGCAAUCAUCCCAACUAUGAUUUUGGCUAUUAUAUUUGAUACUUCAGAUGGGGCUAUGGAUGUUAUGAAUGAAUGGUUGAAUGUGCUUCAAUCUACUCAAAUUCCUUUUUCUUUGAUACCUCUUUUUACUAUGGUGGCUAAGGAUCAUGUCAUGGGUGUUUUCAAAAUUGGACCUACACUUGAGAAGUUGGCAUGGUUAGUGGUGGCAAUAGUAAUGGUGAUAAACAGUUAUGUUUUAUUAGAUUUUUACAAUAAUAUGAUCAAUGGACUGCUUUCUAAACUCGUAUUCUGCAUGAUAUCAGCAGCAUAUAUAGCUUUUAUUAUUUAUCUUAUUGUUAGAGAAGGCUUUGGUUCCCAUUAUUUGAGUUUACUAUGUAAGAGAUCCUCUGAAACUCAACUGUGA